AUGGGAAUUCGAAUCGCUAUUGACAGAGGUGGAACUUUCACCGACUGUGUUGGAAAUCCAGGAACUGGUGAAAUAAAAGAUGAUGUAAUUAUCAAGUUAUUAUCUGUUGAUCCUUUGAACUAUCCAGAUGCUCCCCUUGAAGGAAUUCGACGUCUUUUAGAGAUAUUUUUGAAAAAGAAAAUCCCAAGAGGCCAACAGCUAGGCACAUCAAAAAUUGAAUACAUAAGGAUGGGCACAACAGUAGCAACAAAUGCUUUGCUCGAGCGUAGGGGUUCUGAAGGAGAGAGAUUGAGAUGUGCUUUGGUAACAACUAAAGGUUUCAAAGACUGUUUAAUCAUUGGUAAUCAAACAAGACCCAAUAUUUUUGAUUUAAGUGCAAAAAGGCCUGAUGUGCUUUAUGAGUCUGUGGUUGAAAUUGACGAAAGAGUAACUUUGGAGGACUAUUCAGAAGAUUCUUUGGGUUUUAAAACAGACAUAAACUUACUUAAUUCAAAUGAUUCCAAAAAUCUCGUUCAGGGCAUCAGUGGAGAGGCUGUUAGAAUUCUCAAAAAGCCUGUUGAGCUGGAAGUGAGAAGCACUUUAAAAUUAUUGUAUUCCACUGGAAUAAAAUCGAUUGCAAUAUGUCUUUUGCAUUCUUUCACCUUUUCGGAUCAUGAGAAGCUUGUGGCAAAAAUUGCCAAAGAAAUUGGGUUUUCCCAUAUUUCUACCUCUUCAGAGUUAUCGCCAAUGAUAAAAUUUGUUCCAAGAGCCAAUUCUUCAGUUGCUGAUGCUUAUUUAACUCCUGAAAUUCAAAAAUAUCUUAAUGGCUUUGAAUCAGGUUUAUCCAAUGGAAUAAAAUCCUUAUCCACUGAUUUAAAUAAUUCUAAUUUGAAAGGUGUUUCUUGUGAAUUUAUGCAAUCUGAUGGUGGUUUAGCUGAUGCAAAACAAUUCUCUGGCCUAAGAGCAAUUUUAUCUGGUCCAGCAGGAGGAGUCGUUGGUUAUUCUCAAACAUGUUAUGAUUCAAAGAAUAAUAUUCCUUUGAUUGGCUUUGAUAUGGGCGGUACUAGCACUGAUGUAAGUAGAUAUGGCGAUGGAAAAUUCGAUCAUGUUUUUGAAACAGUUACUGCUGGUGUAACUAUUCAAUCUCCCCAAUUAGAUAUUAAUACCGUGGCUGCUGGUGGUGGCUCAAGAUUAUUCUACAAAAAUGGGUUAUUUGUUGUAGGUCCUGAAUCGGCUGGUUCACAUCCUGGUCCAACUUCAUAUCGGAAGGGUGGUCCUUUAACUAUAACUGAUGCCAACUUGUUCUUGGGUAGAUUGUUGCCGGAAUAUUUUCCUAGUAUAUUCGGACCCGAUGAAAAUCAAUCCUUAGACGAAAAAUCUGUUAGAACAAAAUUCUUCUUAUUAACAAAGGAAAUAAAUAAAGAUAAUCCUCAAAAACAAAUGACUCCUGAGCAGGUUGCCUUUGGUUUUAUAACUGUUGCAAAUGAAACAAUGUCAAGACCAAUCCGAGCUCUAACAGAAGCAAAAGGGCAUAUAGUACAAAAUCACCGACUUGUUAGUUUUGGUGGUGCUGGUGGGCAACAUGCAGUCGCCAUAGCAAAGUCCCUAGGUAUCACAGUGGUUCUAGUCCAUCGUUACUCCUCAGUUCUAUCUGCGUACGGUAUGGCAUUAGCUGACGUUGUUGAGGAAAUUCAAGCUCCUUCUUCUAUUGUUUUUAGUGAUGAUUCAAGAGCUAUUAUCGAAGAGAAAUUCAAUGAGCUAAAGACUAAAUCAAGAACAAAAUUAUUAAACCAUGGUUUUGCUGAAUCAAACAUUCGAUUUGAGCAGUAUCUCAAUAUAAGGUAUAGUGGGACUGAUACAGCAAUUAUGGUACCAAGAGGCUUCAAAGGAGGUGACUGGGACUUUUUAGAAUCUUUUAAUGAGCUACAUAAAAGAGAAUUUGGCUUUAUAUUUGAACAUAAAGACAUUAUUGUUGACGAUAUUCGAGUUAGGGGAAUUGGAAGUAAUUCUGCUGUGAGCGACUCCUCAGUUGACGAUCAACUUGAUCAGUUAAAGAAAAAUGAUUUGAUUAAAGUUGUUUCAAAACAUCAUAUAAAAUUUUUGAAGGAAGUUUUCUUUGCAGAAGGAAAAAUAAUGACACCAAUUUAUAGACUUGAAGAAUUAGAAAUUGGAACAAAAUUAGUGGGUCCUUGUAUUUUAGCUGAUGGUACACAAACCAAUGUCAUUGAACCUGGAUGCGAAGCUAUACUUUUAAAGGCCCAUAUUUUCAUAAAAGUUGAGAAUAAAUCUAAAAAUGAAAUUAAUAAUAUUUAUGCAAUUGAUGAGGAAGUAAAAAUAGAUCCUAUUUUGCUUUCAAUAUUCGGCCAUAGAUUUAUGGAUAUUGCUGAGCAGAUGGGAACGUCUUUACAAAAAACCUCUGUUUCAACAAACGUCAAGGAAAGAUUGGAUUUUUCUUGUGCAUUAUUUGAUUCAAAUGGAAAUUUAGUUGCUAAUGCACCUCAUUUACCUGUUCAUUUAGGUUCGAUGUCAAAGUGUGUUUCAUCACAAGCCAAGUUGUGGAAGGAUAAAUUAAGUGAGGGGGAUGUUAUCGUCUCGAAUCAUCCUGCAGUUGGUGGUACCCAUCUACCUGAUAUUACCGUUAUUACACCAAAGUUUCACAAUGAACAAAUUAUUUUUUAUGUGGCUUCUCGAGCACAUCAUGCUGAUAUUGGAGGAAUUUUGCCAGGUUCCAUGCCACCAAAUUCCAAACAACUAUACGAAGAAGGUGCAGCAAUUUAUUCUGAAUUACUAGUCACAAAAGGAAAAUUUGAAGAAGAGAAAAUGAUUGAUCUACUUUUAAAAAAACCUUCUGAAUUUCCUGGCUGUUCUGGUACAAGGUGUAUCAAUGAUAAUUUAUCAGAUUUGCGGGCGCAAAUUGCAGCUAAUCAAAAGGGCAUUGAAUUAAUCCAAUUAUUGAUUUCUGAAUUUGGUUUGAAAACAAUCAUGUCUUAUAUGGUUGCAAUUCAAGAAAAUUCCGCUAAAGCAGUUUCAAAUAUGCUUAAAAUAAUUUCAAAAAAGUUUCUGGGACAUGAAAUUUCUGCUGAAGAAUACAUGGAUGACGGCUCGAGAAUUUCUCUAAAAGUUGAUAUUAGCUCAGAUAAAACUAUCUUUGACUUUUCUGGAACCUCUCAACAAGUAUAUAAUAACAUUAAUGCUCCAGAAGCUAUCACCUAUUCUGCAAUAAUUUAUUGUCUUCGUUGUCUUGUGGCUGAGAAUAUACCCCUAAAUCAAGGCUGUUUAAAACCAAUUGAGAUUAUUAUUCCUAAGGACUCAUUAUUGUCUCCAUCUGUAGAUGCUGCAGUGGUUGGUGGUAAUGUUAUGACUAGUCAGAGAGUGACAGACGUCGUUUUAAAAGCAUUUAAUAUUAUGUCUGGUUCUCAGGGUGACUGCAAUAAUUUAACUUUUGGCACAGGUGGUAAUGAUCCAAAAACAGGACUCUAUACUCCAGGUUUUGGUUAUUAUGAAACAAUUGCUGGUGGUCAUGGGGCAGCAUCUUCUUGGGAUGGUGUAGAUGGUGUACAUACUAAUAUGACAAACACAAGAAUUACUGAUGCUGAAAUUUUUGAACGAAGAUACCCAAUCAUACUCCGCGAAUUUUCUUUGAGAAAAGGCUCGGGUGGUCAAGGGAGACGUAAAGGAGGUGAUGGUGUAAUAAGAGAUAUUGAAUUUAGAAUUCCUGUCACUUGUUCUAUUUUAUCAGAACGAAGAGUUAUGGCUCCCUAUGCAUUAGAGAAAGGUGAACCAGGUGCAAGAGGAAUUAACUUGUGGAUCAAAACCAUUAAAGACAAAGCGGGAAAAACCAUUUCAAAGAAAGAAAUCAACAUUGGGGGGAAAAACACGAUAAAUGCAGAUGUUGGUGAUCAUAUUAUAAUUUUGACUCCCGGUGGAGGUGGAUUUGGCAAAAAGGAUGAUAGUUUUUCUCAAAAUUUUAAUAAAAGUAAGAAUCUGAAACUAGAGCGCUUUGGAAAUGGAUCAAUGGGUAAUCGUUUGCGUAUUCAAGAAACAAAUUAA